UGACCUUCCACCAUUGACCGAGCAAGCGAGCCCUUGGCUGCGAUUCAAUGGAGUAGUCACGUGUCCUUCCUUCCUCGCCGCCAUUUGUCACCCUACGCAGCACUGUCGAGUCUUCCCCCGCAGAAUUUCCGCAAUGACCGCCGCCAUUUCAGCGCCAUCCUCCAAACUUUCUUCUCGAGGCUGGACCUUUUCAACUACUGCCGCCUUGGCCUGCUGCUUCUCCGGCGCGCCCGCGGACCGUGACUGCGGGGAUCGCGGUGAAACGCCGUGUGCGGCGGCGCCAUCGUACGCAACCGUGGUUGUGUGCGAUUCUUUGACGCGUGACGGCGUCCGCGAUAAAAGCAGCAUCGCGUGUGCCGCAUUCUCAGAGAGUGAAGUCGUCAGUGCAAAUGGCACUCACAAAUUCCGGGGCGCGAGCCCUGAGGCUGCGAGUGGCAAGGGCGCUACUGGUGGGCGAUCUGCGUGUCAUGGGGGCGCGGGGGACAGCGGCACUGCGGAAGCCCGGUCGGGAGAGCCCGCCGGUGGGCACAGAAAGCCGUGGCUCUCCCGCGUGCUUUGCGGGAUCCGCCGCAACCCUCGUCGGCAGUCAGGCGACGGGCAGCGAGACGCCGAGAUAGCCCGGGGGGUGGAGGGGGGGGGCGGGGAGGCAGCGCUCGCCCCAGGCGAGGCGCGGGACGUGUGGGAGGCGGCGGAGACCGGCGGGCUGAGCGCGUGGAUGGGGCCCGCCGUGGCGGCGGCAAACGCGGCGACGGCUGCGCUGGGGGACCUUGUUAUGGGCAGCAGUCGCUUCUGCUUCCCGUCCCACCGGGGCUUCCCCACCCGCACCUUAAGCCGCACGCGCAGUGGCGGCCACGAUGCCGCCGCGACUAGCGGGCUUCUCGGGCGGAGCGGGGGGAGCUGCUCGGGGAGGAGCGCGAGCGUGCAGCAGAGCGCGGAUGGUGACGGGCAUGGUGGCGCAAGCGAAGGGGGGGCCUCGCAGGCAGACGCAUGGGAGAAGAGCGAGAGGCACGGCGCGGCGGCGUGGCAGGAAAGCGGAGCGAGUGUGGACGAGCCGUCGGGGCCUCAAGUGCUCUCGCUGGCGCCUGAUACUAACGACGGCAGCGCGAACGGCGGGGGCCUGGUGGGCGGGGAAGCGGUGAUUGUGGCGGAAGCGGAAGAGCGCAUCGUGGGGCAGAAGUCCGACGCUGACGCGCGCGCGGAUGCGGAUGCGGAUGCGCGGGGAGCAACUCAGAUGGGCGUAGACCUGCAGCCGGCGGGCGGGCACGGCGAAUGGCCAUGGGGCGCGGGGAAAUGCGGAGAUGAGGGGAGCGACCCGGUAGCGGGUUCAGAGAAGCGAUUGCUUGCGCGAGAGCUGAAAGGUGAUGGGGGGGGUGCGGAGGGCGGUAAGGCGGGCAAAAACGGGUUCUCAGCAGGUGCAGGUGGGGGCAGUGCUGCUGGCGGGGCUACUGGCAGCGGCGCGAGGCUGGCAGGCAAGCCUGUGAACCGCGCGUGGCACCACAGGGGCACGUCGGAGGGCGAGGGGGCGGGCGCGCGCCCCUCCUCCAGCAGUGGUGCCGUCAACGCGUCCCCCAUGCCUCCCCUGCCGCCCCGGCCCCAGUCGUCCGCAGCUGUUAGGGAUGGGAAGGGCGGAGCGGAGGGGGCUCGGCAGGUGCAGGGCGGGGGAGAUGUACAGGUGCUGCGCAUGGACUGGGGCUGCGGCGGAGAGGCGGUGGGGGUGGUGCGACACGGGCGACAGCAGCGCAGGCAGCUGCAGGCGCAGCAGGAGAAGGAGGAGGGGGAGGGGGAGCACGUGGAGCAGAGUGAGGAGUUGCACACGGUGCAUGAGGGCGCGGCAGACUCUCACCGCAUCGGCGCAGCAUUGGAGAGUGGCGCUGGCAGCGGGCGAACUUCUAGAGGGGACGGCAGGGAAUCGUGUGUGCGGCAUGCUCGCUCGCGCUCCAUGGCGCCUGCACUGCCGUCGUCGUCCACGCUCGUGCACAUCCACUCGUUCCAGCAGCGCGUCCGCAUGUUCACCCACUCCUCCACCUCCUCUGCUUCCCCCACUGCCCGGCCUCCCCCCCCGCUCCCUGCCACCGCCGCCUCACUGUCGGCAGACCGCACUUGCAUGCGCACGGCCAGUGCUCCCCUGGCCGCUGUAGGGUGGCCAGGGCACGCAGCGGAGGCAGGAGCACCCAUGCUGCAGCCAGCAGUGCCAGUGCAGCUGCUGCAGCGACCCCGUUCCGCUGGGGGACGCACCACCCACUGCAGCUGCCUCAGCUGCAGCGCGGGCAACAGUGCUGCCCUGCACCAUAGCACUGCCUCCCUUGGUAGCUGCACGCGCGACCGAAGCAGCGACAGCUGCGGGCUGCUGAGCGAGCCAUGGGGCAGCGAUACACAGCAACCACUACAGCCUGCACCACCAAUGCCUGCCCCCCCUGCUCUUGAUCCUGGCGUUGACACCCUGGUGCCCCUGGCCCCUCUGUCUCCCGCGCUCGCCAGGAGUGGAGUGCAUCGCGCUGUUAACACGGGCACGGGUCGCAGCUCUGUAGCAAGGAGCAGCAGCGGGAGUGGUUCCGUCAGAGUUGCGCGCCGAUUCGCGGACACGGACGGGCACAGCACCAACUCCCCAACCACCUUCCAUGAGUCUCCUGGCCCCUCCAACCGCAGCCCCAUGCGACCCCCCCGCUCGCCCAUCCCCUGGGAACAGCCCAGUGCCACCAUGGGAGCAGCCGGCCCUGGAAGAGGGGGGCCAAUGCAGUCAGCUUUGGGACGGCAGGGCAGGCAGGGGGCGAGGAAGAUGAGGCGGUGGGCGAGUGAGGACUUCAGGGAUGCCAUGGGGGUGGGGCAGUCGCCAGGGGGUGCGAGGCAGGGAGGGGAAGGGGAGGAAGGGAGUGGGAGUGAGCAAGGGGCAGGCACGAUCAGAGGUACUGCCCCGUGGGCUAGCAGAGGUCAGAUCGUGGGCAAUGGGGGAGAGUCGGUGCAGCAGUUUGAGUGGAUGGGGGAGGAGCGGGGGUCAAGGUGGGCAUCUGAGGCGGCUGGGUCUCCCAUGGCCAGUGGUGAUGAGACUAGGGAGCAGACGGGCAGAGAGCAUGAGAGGAGGAUGAGGAGGAGGGGAAUGGGGCAGGGAGCAUGGAGAGAGAGGGCACCAGGGGCGGUAAGUGGUUGGGAGGAGCUGGAGUUUAGCAGUGCUGGGAGUGGGAAUUGUGACAGUGGGGGGGGCAGUGGCCAUGCGAGAGUAGGGGCAGGCCCUCAGGUUCAGGGCAGCAGGAGGCUGCAGAAGCACAGGUCAGCGCCCAUCAAGAGCUUAGAGCAUGUGCUGGUGGGUAAGGGGGCCGGAGGAGACUGUGGAGAUAGCAUGAACAUGAGUGUGAGGGUGGAUGUUGGUGCUGGGUUGAUGGAUGAUGCAGAUAUGGAGUUCAUGAGCAGCCAUUGGCCGCUGCCUGCACUGCAAGGGCGGGCUAGCCCACGUGUCUCCGUGACACAUAAAGGUUUUUGAUUUUCUGUUGGUGUUGUAAGUUUGAUGGUAUUCUUAUAUAUUAACUAUUUUAGCGACGCUGCAAGCUGUUGGGAUGACAUAUUUUCCUGGGGAGUAAUUAAAGGUAGCCCGACCCGAACUCCAUAGAUCUCCUGGCUCUCAAGGCCCCCGGCAUGUUGCACCUCCCAGUUGCAGAAAGUUAGUUGGUUAGGAUGGAGCGUGUAGUGCUGUCGGGUGCGACGCUCGCGUCGUUAGUGCAUGGACUGGCUGCUGGAGAGACCGAUGGCUUGCUCCUUGGCCACCUGGAGCAACGCAGCACAGCUGUUUACUCUGACGCGCAAGGGGACGAUGGGCAAGUCUCGCGCAAUGAUUUCUGUAUAGUCGUCACUGGAUUUCGCUCGACUGGCCGCCUCUUAAGCUUCUACGACGGAACGGGUACUGUCGACGUCAAUCGAGUGCAGCUGCUUCUGGACACCCCGGAGAGUGAGAGACUUACAGCCGCUAGCGAAGAACGACGGAAGGCAAAUAUUUCCGCCUCUACCAAUACCUUAGGUACCUGGGCUGGGUCUCACGAGUGUGUCGUUGGCUGGUUUGUCCGACGUGCCAAUUCACCCCUUCAGCCGUCCAUGCGAGAGGCUGCGGUGACCGCACAGCUUGACGAGCUGCGUCAAGCGCUGCAGUCUGGAGAUAACCAACGGCAGCAGGUAUCAGACAUGCGAAAUAAAGAGGAUCGCGGGGGUCAAGGAGCAGCUGAUUACAGCGACGCUGGCAUGCACCCACAACGCGACUGGGGGAAAUCGAUCAAGCUUCCAGACGUGUCUAUGAAGACUUGGUUUAGCACUUCAACCCGCCCUAUCCUGUGCAUCUUCAACUCGCAGUGGGAUUCUACCAGAUCCAAGCAUACUCUGCACUACCUUGCCUACGCUCUUUCUCAGGAGUUUUCUCCGACUUCCUCUCUCUCCGCCUCUGUUUCAAACACUCUUUCGCUUCUGCCACUCCCAGUUUCGGUGGCAAACCUAGGACUUGCCCAUCGCCCCUCCUUCCCCACCUUCCUUUCCAUGGCCCUGCCUCCCAUACAACCGUACACCUCAAGUAUUGACGUAGCUUCCACAGCCAAUGACUGCAACGUUCAGCAGCUACAGUGGGAGGAGUUGCAGCAUACGGGUAGAGAGCAGGUGGCUGCACUUGAAGGUGCAUUUGAAGGGUUGCUGUCAAGGCUCGAAGCCAGUGCAGCAGCGGCUGCAGAUAGUGCUCUCGCACUGGUGUUGGAGAGGUAGGUUGGUACUUCUUCUGCUUAGAGGCAAAAGUACUCGCUUGUUUGUGGGGGUGAUUCUUGCAUGAAUGCAACUCGACACAACUGUUUUAGUCGUCAAUGUACAUACCCCUGCCAUUGGUGACAAUUUCUGCCUGAGGUUCUCCCCUUAGUGUCUCUCUCAUGCUAUCUGUUGGGCUGAGAAAAGCCCUU